AUGGAAGGCUGCUCGGCACCAUUGGUUGUUAAAUUCGCCGACACACAAAAAGAGAAAGACCAAAAGAAAAUACAACAGAUGCAAGCGAGUAUUGUUGGGAUAACCGCACUGACGUCGCCAACUACAGGAGCCAUCGCCGGUCUAGCUUCCGCGCAUCCCAAUGGUUUUCUCCCGACUACUGCUGCCGCUUUAGUGCCCAAUCCCAUAUCUGUGACGAAUGCGCGAACCAAUUGUUCUAUGCCAUUAUCAAUGGCGACUGUGGCUGUCGCCAACCCUGCCUCUGCAUUAGUGCCUUCUUCCGCAGCGAUCUCAGUGCCACCAUCGCUACUAACUACUGACAGCCGUCAGCAAACGUCGCCAUACCUGACCACCGCAGAGGCCAUGAAUGUGUCACCUGCACAGUUGCAUAUAUUCCAACAGCUUCAGGCAUUCGGAUUACAUCCUACUCAGUAUUUACAAGAGUUCGCAUCUGCAAUUACUACGCUCUCAGCUGAAGUGAAAGGUGUUCGCAUCGACCUUCGCUCUUCUAUUAACAGCAAUACACCCAGUAAACAAUUAGCUCCGUGCACUAAUACUAACGCGGCUUCACCAGCCAACUCUACUUCAGCUCUCAAGUUACGCUCUCUACCUGCUGCUACUGCAAAACGUACUGAUAAGAGCAAUCGGCAGAUGCGUCAGAGUAUCACUGGCUCUAAUGCAAAUGCUCCCGGUCUACCUGCUGCUGAUAGGAAUGCUGCUUCAUCUUCUUCAUCUUAG